AUGGCCAAUCUUCAGGUGCAAGUCAACUUUCUCGAGAACGGCAGAGGAGGAUUCUAUCUUCUUCAUGGUGGAUACAAGUAUUCCGUAAUUCAGAAACGAGAAGAUGGGAACCUCAGUUUUUACAAAACAUGGUGUGAGUACAAACAGGGAUUUGGAAAUGCCUCUAAAAACUUCUGGAUAGGGAAUGAUGUAAUCUAUGCUUUGACCAAAAGCCAGGACCAGGAACUACGAGUAGAUCUCCAGAGAUUUAAUGGGACCACAGCGUAUGCUGGAUAUUCCACGUUUUUUAUCGGAAACGAGACAGAGAAAUACCGACUCACAGUAUCCGGGUACACGGGAACUGCAGGUGACAGUUUGGCUCAUCACAACAGCAUGGAAUUCAGCACAAAGGAUCAGGAUAAUGAUCGUUCUAGUAACAGCUGUGCUAAAUCACAUAAUGGAGCCUGGUGGUACAAUUCAUGUACCAACUCAAACCUGAACGGGAACUAUGCACAGUCUGCAGUGAAUGAUUCUAAAUCGCCAUAUUGGUAUCGCUGGACAAGAGGAUAUAUAGCGCUACAAAAAACUUCUAUGAUGAUCAGAAAGACAAACUUGACGAAAUCUUAGAGUUAAUUUAAACUCAAAAGCUAAAUUUUCCUUACUUUUUUGAACAAGUCUAUGCCCAUAUCUUUUCUUUUUUUUUAUCUUUACUCAUUAUUAUUGGAAUUCAUUAAAAACCUUUUACCAAAAGAAAGAAUUUAAAAGAACAUUUUAUCUCAUCCCUAUUCUUUUGACGAUGAAUAUUCGUUAAUUGUUAUAUAAAAUAAUGAACACCAGAAUCCCUUUAUCACUAAUUGAAACAGAUGCUAAAUUCUUAAUAGAUGCCGGAGAUAAUUAAUCCUUUUGAUGUUAUUUAACUAUCUUAAUCAAUUAAUUCAAAUACAUGAGGAUUUGCCAUGCCGUUUAAUAUAACUUAAAGUAUAACUCAUCUGUUUUAUUAUUCAAGCAUAAUCAUAUAAUAAGUGGCUUUUUGAUAUCUGUGACCUGUUUGUAUAACUUCAAAAGAUGGCAUUACGUAAUUGCUGCAUCAAACAUUUUUUAUUACCUCAAUGU